AGCCGCUGAUUCGAACCAUCAAGACUCGCAAAGUCCACAUCACGCCAAUGAACAGCCCUCCUCAUGUAAAGUCAAAUCAAUACGGUAGACGCGCCAACACCGGAACGCUCCCGGAAAUUUCCGCCGCACGGCCUGCCUGUCGUGUCGUCUCCCGUCAUCGGAGAACAGUAGCGGAAGUGAAGUGACGAAAUCUAUUUGAAAACAUAGAAAUCUCUCCCUCCGCUACCGCUCUUGCCUAUAUAUACGCCGCCCGCCCGAUUUCCUCUGCGGUCCCCGGGAAGAUGACUCCCAGAGCACUGGUCUCAGUUCGUCACCAGUCGACUCUGCCCAGAAUCACACUACGUUUGUUGUGCAUGUGGUGUCUUCUUCAUGUUCGGAAGGACCUUAAAACAUCUGGCGCUGGGAGGGGGACUCUCUGACUAGUUCUUGUUCAUGCGGUUUUCCUUUUGGAAGUUACUAUUCUACUGCCUGCUUGUGGUUGGCAAGGCGCGUUUGGAAAAUGCCUCAAACGGCUAGUCACCAUAGAAGAGACCGACGUUCAAUCAAGUACAGGUGGGAGCCACCUGAGGGGGCGACCUUUGAGCUUGCUGAGUUGGUUCAAGAAGAGUGCGUCCCCAACCUUACUGAGGCUCAUAAGAACAGACACAGCAGCAUUUCUCAGCCCAGGUCAUCCAAAAUAUUGACCACUCCUGAACUCCUCUCAGUAGUUGGCCAUGUAUUAGAUUACACGGGCCGUUCUCUUUCUUUUCUCCAAUAUAAGGAUAAUUUAAAUGACAAAGUCAAUAGCUGUCAGCAAGAGGAUAUACUAGAUCAUUUAAAAUGGGAAAGGGACUGCAGCGCAGCUGGUUUAGUGAAAAAUAAGAGCCUUCAUUCGUCAAGUUCCAAUCAUCUUUUAUCGAUGGUGCAGCCAAACUUAGACUUCCUUAGGGUAUUGUAUGGUGUCUCAGCACUUAAGUCUGGCAAUGAAAGUUAUAGUCAUUCGUUGCUUCGAAGGUUUCUGGCUAGGGGCACUAGUAUGCCCAUCGAACCUUGGGAAGGGAAGGGGCUUUCAACCUUGGAGAUAUCAUACAGACUAGGAGAUAUUUAUGGAUGGAUGUCUGAAUUAGUUCCGGCUAGAGUAAAAUCCACUGCCAACACUGCUGUGGAUGAAGGCCAAAGGGCUGCUAAUUACUUUUCUGGAGUAACAAAUAAUGGCUGCAAGGACUAUAGAUUGGGUGAAGGUAGUUCUGAAAAAUUUUUGGGCCAUGUAGAUGCUGAUUCUUCUAUUAGUUCAGUGCAAUCCAAAGAUCUAGCCUCAGCUGUGAAUGUGGAGUCAGAAAUAAAUACAAGGCAUACUGCAUCUUUGCAUUCAGAUUAUCACCUCCAGACUACCAAAAGUCUUGAGGCAGAUAGCAGUGCGUCAAAUACUUCCAGUUCUAAUCUUUAUUCAGAUUACCAUUUGCACGCUUUAGCAUUUAGAAGCACUGAAUAUGAUCGACGAAGUUGGAACACUGAGAGUUAUGAUAUCGAGGGCAGAAAGGAGAAAUGUGAUAAUCUUUUUGUUGAUGAAGAUUAUAAGAUGAAGACUUGCUUACCCAAACGUGCUAAAGUGGACACUGCUUCGGCUAAGCAAGAACAUGCCUUUGCAGGGGCAUUUGCAGGGAUAUUUGUCAGUCUAUGUUUACAUCCUGUUGAUACUGUCAAAACUGUUGUGCAAUCUUGCCGUGCUGAGGAGAAGUCUCUUUUCUACAUUGGCAGAUCAAUUGUUUCUGAGAGAGGUUUAACAGGACUAUAUAGAGGAAUUUCAAGUAAUAUUGCAUCGUCAGCUCCAGUAUCUGCCAUUUAUAUUUUCACAUAUGAAUCAGUCAAAGGCGCUUUACUUCCCCAUUUUCCCAAGGAGUAUUAUUCUGUGGCCCAUUGUCUCGCCGGCGGGUGUGCAAGUGUGGCCACCUCCUUCGUCUUUACUCCAAGUGAGCGCAUUAAGCAACAGCUGCAAGUCGGUUCACACUAUCAUAACUGCUGGGAUGCAUUGGUCGGCAUUAUCAGGAAAGGUGGUUUGCCCUCAUUGUAUGCGGGAUGGGGAGCUGUGCUUUGUAGAAAUAUACCACACUCUGUUAUUAAGUUUUAUACAUAUGAAACCUUAAAGGAAUGGAUGCUUUCGUCAGUGCAACCUGCUGGUCAACCAAGCACCUUACAAACGCUUGUUUGUGGAGGACUUGCUGGAUCUACAGCUGCCUUGUUCACAACUCCUUUUGAUGUGGUGAAGACCCGAUUACAGACACAGAAACCUGGUUCAGUUUGUCAGUAUGAUGGGGUGUUCCAUGCCCUUCGAGAAAUCAGCACACGUGAAGGUCUGAAAGGCCUUUACAGGGGAUUGACUCCAAGGUUGGUCAUGUAUAUUACUCAAGGAGCGCUGUUCUUUGCAUCAUAUGAGUUCUUCAAGAGUCUAUUCAAUUUGAAUGAGCCACGACUUAACAAUGGCCAUAGAGUACAACGUGCAGAAACUAAGGAAGGUCUGGUGAGGCCGAUAGAUUUGCCAUUCCGUUCACCAUCCUCUUCAGCAGAGGCAGCUUCUUCGUCAUAAGGGCACCGACAUUGCAAUAAAACCGGGCAAACCAAGGUUUUCAGCAGUUUCUGUGACAUACUUGUGUUGUCAGAACCGGGAAUCUCGCUGCACAAUAGAGCGUCUUAGAGAUGUAAUUUAUCGUUCAUCAAUGUAAUUUUACUUAAUUUUGUUUAAAUUUUUUCAUUCAUUGAUAUAAUUCUUGUCGAACUUAUGUUACAUGGUUACAUAUUCAUUUUGUCAAUUUUUUUUCCCUUUUUGUUGCACUA